AUGGGCUUAGAAUGUCAAAAGUUAAGAACCGUCAAGCUGGCGAACCGGUGGUGGACGGGCCAUUUGGGCCUCCCGGAGCAGCCGUCCGGUUCGUCGGGCCCCAAGAACGAGCCCCCGGCCGUCAAAGACACUGAGUCAAGCCCGGCAGGGGGCGCGGGGGCCGACCAUGUAGACGAGAACAACGAAUCCGGUGGCGGCGAGCCAGGCGAGGGCGCGGUGGUCGUGGCGCCGAACCGGCGCCCCCGCGGCCGCCCGCCGGGCUCCAAGAACAAGCCGAAGCCGCCCAUCUUCGUGACGCGCGACAGCCCCAACGCGCUGCGCAGCCACGUCAUGGAGGUGGCGGGGGGCGCCGACGUGGCUGACUCCAUCGCGCAGUUCUCGCGCCGCCGCCAGCGCGGCGUCUGCGUGCUCAGCGGCGCCGGGACCGUCGCCAACGUCGCGCUGCGCCAGCCAUCCGCGCCCGGCGCCGUCGUCGCGCUCCACGGCCGCUUCGAGAUCCUCUCGCUCACCGGCACCUUCCUCCCGGGCCCCUCUCCGCCGGGGUCCACGGGGCUCACCGUGUACCUGGCCGGCGGCCAGGGGCAGGUGGUCGGCGGAAGCGUCGUCGGCUCGCUCAUCGCCGCCGGGCCGGUCAUGGUGAUCGCGUCCACGUUCGCCAACGCCACCUACGAACGCCUGCCGCUCGACGAGGAGGAGGAAGGCCCAGCCCCGCCGAUGCCUGGCGGGGUCGACCCCCUGAUGGGCGGCGGCCACGGGAUUGCUGACCCGUCGGCGCUGCCGAUGUUCAACUUGCCGCCGAACAACGGGCAGCUCGGCGGGGGCGACGGUUUCCCGUGGGCGCACCAGCGACCACCGUACUGAUCCAUCGAUGGCAAGCAAGCAAUAGCAAGGCAAAUGGCGGCACUGAUGUGCAUGGUCACUGUUCCAUUGGAGAAGGAGUGGCGCCAUUAGGUUAGUACAUAUGAUGAUCGAAGUGGUAACUAGCUAGAGUACUACUACUACUUUAUUGUUGUCAAAUAAUCAACUGCUGUUGUGUUUAUCAGACUUAAUUGAGAAUGCAUGCUUGCCCGGAUGUGUUGCAUGCUAACGUUUGAUUUUCAGAGGUUA